ACCUCACUGCUUGAAGGGGAAGACGCGGAGUAAAGGAAAGGAGGGUGGCUGUGGGCGUGUGUGGAAUGGCGUGAUUCCCGUCGCACCCAUUCCUUUCUUCCUGAUAGCGUAUCUGCUCCGUCUGCCUUCGCUGCUGCUGCUGAUGUUCUUCUUCGUAAGUCGACCAUGGCCGACGAUGCUGUUUGGGAAGCUGUGCCUGAAGGGCAGGAGGAGCCUUUGCUGGACCCCCGGACCCACAGUUGGAGAUCUGAUGGUGUUUUGGAAACCCUACAGCAUUACAAUAGCCGAUGGAGAUCCAUUCGGAUAAUGUAUCUCACAAUGUUCUUCAGCAGUGUUGGUUUUUCUAUUGUGAUUAUGUCAAUAUGGCCCUAUCUUCAACAGAUAGAUAAAACUGCAGAUCCAAGUUUCCUGGGCUGGAUUAUUGCUUCAUAUAGCAUUGGUCAGAUGAUAGCUUCCCCCUUCUUUGGCGCAUGGUCCAAUUACAGGCCAAGAAGAGAGCCUCUUGUAGUUUCAACUACCAUUUCAGUGGCUGCUAACUUUCUUUAUGCCUAUGUCCAUUUACCUACAUCACACAACAAAUACUACAUGCUGGUUGCUCGAGCUCUGGUGGGGUUUGGCGCAGGAAAUGUAGCAGUAGUUCGGUCAUACAUUGCUGGUGCCACCUCUCUUACUGAAAGAACUAGUGCGAUGGCAAACACUAGUGCUUGUCAAGCAGUGGGUUUCAUACUGGGACCAGUUUUUCAGACCCUCUUUACGCUUAUUGGAGAACAAGGAGUCACAUGGAGAACCAUUCAUUUUCAGAUAAACAUGUACACCACACCAGCUCUAUUUGGAGCUCUCCUAGGAAUCAUCAACAUUGUUUUGAUAUUUGCUAUGUUUAGAGAACAUCAUGUAGAUGACGUGGGAAGACCACAAAGCAGCAUUAACUUCGAAACUGAAGAAAAUGAACAAAGGAGUCAAGAUAGUCAAGCAAACAUUGACCAUGUGGCUGUUGUAUCAACAAACCUUCUUUUCCUUGUUAUCUUAUUUGUUUUUGCAGUCUUUGAAACCAUAGCCACACCGUUGACAAUGGAUAUGUAUUCCUGGACCAGGAAAAAAGCAGUGUUUAUCAAUGGAUUAAUCCUUGGUGCAGUUGGCAUUGAAUCUGUCAUUGUGUUUUUAGCAGUUAAAGUACUUUCCAAAAGGACUGGUGAACGUGCUAUACUUUAUGGAGGCCUAGUGAUUAUCUUGGUUGGAUUCUUUGUCUUACUACCUUGGGGACAACAGCUACCUAAUAUCCAGUGGGAAGACAUAAAGAAUAAUUCUAUUCCAAGAAUGACUUUUGGUGAAAGCUUUGCCUCUCUCCGGACAAUAGAAUGGAUGCUUCCAUCCAGUAAUACUACUGAAGCAACAGGAUGUCCUAUGUUACAGUCCUGGUGCCUCUAUACUCCAGUCAUCUAUUUGGGCCAAUAUAUCACUACUGUCAUUCUACUAGGACUUGGUUAUCCAGCCUGUAAUGUCAUGUCUUACACUUUAUAUUCAAAAAUCAUAGGACCAAAGCCCCAGGGUGUCUACAUGGGCUGGUUGACUGCCUCUGGAAGUGCUGCACGUAUACUUGGUCCAGUCUUUGUCAGUCAACUCUACACGUACUUGGGACCCCGCUGGGCAUUCAGCUUAAUAUGUGGAAUUGUUCUUCUCUCUCUCUUACUUUUGGAAAUUGUGUACAAGAGACUUGUUGCAUUUUCUGUCCUAUAUCAGAGACUUCAAGAGCAGACUUCCUAGUUGUGGGUAACUAUUGUUCAAUCUUGAUUAUUAUUAUUUUUGUAGCCAGUGUGUCCUAUAGAAAUGCUAUGUUUUACUGCUGAUAAUUUAUUGUCAGACAUAUCACUGGUACUGAACUGAACAUGAUAAUGAAACAGUUUUGAUGCAUAUAGUUCCAAAAGUUCACACACUAAUUCUCCUUACUGUGGUAGUUUACUUCUUAAAAUGCCUUGAUUCUGUGAAUCAGGUCUUAUUGAAAGUGUUUUUCAAACACAACUUGAAAAAGCUUUGUAUUUAGUCACUUUUAUAAUUAGCUACCUCUUCUAAAUUUUAACGAGUGCUUUCUAACAUGACUUAGCAGAAACUAAUAAAUUGUCUCACUUAAAAGUA